GAGAAGUUAGCUAGUUUAGAAAUUUGAAUAAAGGGGUUUGCGGUUUAUUGUGUUGAAAAGUUUAUAUUUUUUUGCUUAAAUAAUAGCUCGUAAAGUGAUUUUUCCUUCCCGGAAAAUCACUACCUGAAUAAGUCGUCUGUUUCACACAAGUGUGUCUGCGAUACAAGACUUAGCAUUCGAAGAUGGCCGCCCCACGAUUGCCACCGCUUCUAACCGUGCGAGAUUUAUUGAAAAUUUAUCACUUGAAUGCCGUAAAACGUUUGUCUCAGAAUUUUCUCCUGGAUCACAAUUUAACCGACAAAAUUGUAUCAAAGGCGGGAAAUCUCGCCGGGAGCCAAGUACUGGAAGUUGGUCCCGGCCCGGGUGGAUUGACCCGGUCUAUCCUGAAAAGGGUCCCUGAACGAUUAGUAGUCGUUGAAAAGGAUGAGAGAUUUAAACCGACUUUAGACAUGCUGGCGGAUUCAUUCAGCGCGAUUAAUGGGAAAAUGGAUAUGGUAUACGACGACAUCAUGAGAACGAACUUAGAGAGUCUGUUCCCGAUUGAGAAAAAGAGGGAGUGGAAUGACAAAUCUCCAGAUAUCUUCAUCAUAGGCAAUUUACCGUUCAACGUAUCGACACCUCUCAUAAUCAAGUGGCUGCACGCGAUAUCCGAGCGGCGCGGACCUUGGGCGUUCGGCAGAACGAAAAUGACGUUGACGUUUCAAAAAGAGGUGGCGGAACGCUUGGUGGCUGAGCCGAUGGAUGACCAACGAUGCAGGCUGUCAGUGAUGGCGCAAACGUGGACAUUUCCAAUACUUCGUUUUAUUAUACCUGGCACAGCUUUUGUUCCAAAACCGGACGUCGAUGUGGGAGUGGUGUCGUUUAUGCCGUUGGUCAAACCACGCACGCAGCACGACUUCAAAUUCUUCGAGAUGAUAACGAGGCACGUGUUCAGUUUCAGGCAAAAGUACAGCAUACGAUGCGUCGAGACUUUAUUCCCAUUAGAAUGCCGCAAAGAGUUAGGUUUGAUGAUGUACAAAUUGGCUGACUUGGAGCCGACGGUCAGACCGACGCAACUUACCAUUGCGGAUAUCGACAGGCUAGCGACUGCUUACAAAUAUCUGAUUGAGAAACAUCCGGAGCUCGAGUUGUACAAAUAUCGCACAUCCCGGCAUUUGUUACCGUUAACAAAUACGCAGAAUGUUGUAGUACAGGACUGUGCAGAGAUGCCGGAAGAAACGUGUACCUAUUAACGGGACGAUUUAUAGUCUGAGACAUGCCAUCAAGUUUUACUUUUAUUAAAUCGCAGGUUGUAAUGCAGCAGAUUAAUUCGUUACAAUGUGAAUUUCGGUUAGAACUGUGUGAGGAAGUCUGUAAAUAUACAUUUAUAUACAUACACAGUAUGGCUUAAUUCUUAAAUAAAAAUAUAGUACAAUGU